GUAACAAUGAAAAUCUGUUUGUACCUUGCGAUUUGGCGGGACUUCCGUGUUGGGUGUCGGUGGUUAGAUAAUGUAGACAUCAACAUUAUAUAAGUGUUCUAGGUUGAUAACCGGUGAACCUUUCUGAUCUGGCAACAUGGGCCUUGGGAGGAAAAUACUUACAGGUGGGGCAGUGAUGCUGUGUACAGGAGCGGCGUAUGUCGUCUGGGAUAUCGCCAAGAAGAGAAAGUCCAACACUCACACAAACAGGUCACUACUGGACCAGUACAUGAGCUACAGGGUCUUCAGUAUCGUGGGCAGGCAUAUGAGGAGAAAACUUGAGCGUGACUGUGAGAAUGCAGCAGCAGUGCAGGAGGAGGUCCUGCUGCAGAGGCUGAGGGAACAUGCUGACACAGAGUACGGCAGGACCUACAGGUUUGCAGACGUCACGUCACGGGAAGACUACCGAAGCUCACAUCCUCUCACAAGGUAUGAGCACUAUCGAGAGUAUGUAGACCGAAUGAUUGCAGGAGAAGAAAUGGUCCUGACUGCCUUCAAACCCAUAGUGUUUGGCACAACUUCAGGGACCUCUGGAAAGUAUAGCAUCAUUCCCAUGGGUCAGAAGCAGAGGGUCAACUUCUUUCUCCAAGGAGUCACCGUCGCUCUCAGCUGUAUGUUGGAAGGAUUCCCAGAAUCAGACAAUCUCCAGAAGGACUUGAAGAUUUUCCACAUGCCACACUUUAGAGAAUCUGCAGCUGGAAUCCCUAUCGGACCGAACUCCUCAUCCCCGGCAAAUUCUCAGGCGAUGUUGAAUUUGUACUCAACUCCCAAACCGGGGUUCGACAUCAUGUCAGAGCGUGAGGCACUGUAUGUGCACCUUCUGUUUGCUCUGAAAGACAGAAAUUUGGGCAUCAUCGAGGCAAAUUUCUCCUUCCGUGUUCAUACAGCCCUUGUGAUGAUGGAAGCUUGCUGGGAGCAGCUUGUCACUGACAUUGAAAAGGGCUACGUUGACCCAAACCUCGACAUACAAGAUGACAUUCGAGCUGAGCUGAACCAACUCCUGAAACCAGAUCUGGGCAGAGCACAGGAGUUGAGGGAAGAGUUUCAGAAGGGAUUUGACGGGAUUGUGAGGAGGGUUUGGCCCUUCAUGGGUCUGAUUUUGGCCACUGAUACAGGAUCCUUCGACCUGUACAGACAGAAACUAAAGAGCCAUUACUGCAAAGGGAUCCCCAUGUACUCACCAAUUUAUGGUGCCACAGAAGGUCUGGUUGGGGUGAAUAUCUGGCCCAAAGAUGAAGAUCGGCACUACAUCCUCUGUCCACGCUCCAUGGUUUUUGAACUCAUUCCUGUGGACAGGUCUGAUCAGGACCAGCCAGAUACAGUAUGGUUGGAACAAGCUCAGGUAGGGGGCAUAUAUGAGUUGGUGAUCACCAAUGCAGGUGGCCUGUACAGGUACAGGUUUGGGGAUGUGGUGAAGGUAGUGGGGUUCUACCACAAGUGCCCUGUUAUCCAGUUCAUGUACAGACAAGGCCAGAUGCUGAAUGUGCGAGGAGAGAAGACGUCAGAAGACAUGUUUUAUCAGGCUUUGAAGUCAGCUAAAACAGCCUGGACAGACACUGGUGUACAUCUGGUCGACUACUGCUGUGCUGAGAGUGUGCUGGUACCAGAAGGUCAGGCGAACCCACUGCCAUAUUAUGUCGUGUUUCUGGAGCUGCAGAAUGAGGUGAAAGGUCAAGAAAAGCAAUAUGCUCAGCAGCUUGAGGACUGCCUAAGAAAGACAGCCUACAUGUACGAUCGCUGUCGGACCCAGGGGAGCAUAGGCCCUCUUGUGGUGCAUCUUAUGCCAGAAGGCUGUUUCUCAGAGUACCGUCAGCAUCUCCUGUCCAACACCAUGGCGGGAUCUAACCAGCUGAAGGUGCCUCGGGUCAUGAAGAGGAAGACUGAUGUGGACUUCAUGAUGGACAGAUUGAAAGAGUAGUGUGAUUAGCAGUGGGUGGUCUGUUAACAGCAAAAAUCAUUAUCAUGACAUAGGGCAAUCCUUUGGAAGUUUUCAUUCUACUCUGAUGUUCUGUCAAGAGUUAAACUUUUCAGUCUUUUUUUUGAAGUUGAUGCAUGUUGAGUUCCAACUUGAAAAUGAUUCUGAAUAAAUUAGUUUUGACCAUGGUGCUGAAUGCAUCAUCAGCACCUUUUUGUCUGGCAUUGUGAUUCAAACUGCAGAAGAGAAAUUGUCAAUGGCAAUGUGGGCAUGCUGACACUAUUUGAUAACUGAGGUGCAUGAUAUGCCUUUUCCAUAUAUUUAAGUCCACAACUAGACAACUAAGUUGAGAACACAUUAAUGUCAUUGACGAUCAACCAAUAUUGUAAACUUUAAUGUAUUCACAAUAAUACAGUCCAAUGCAUUUAUCAAUGUCCAUAGCAGUUCAACAAUGUUAUUCCCAACUCUGUGCACACUAUAUAUGUUCACCCAGAAUAUCUUUACAUUUGUAUUGACAUUUUAGUAAACAUUGAUCCCAGUAUAUGGCAAAUAGCAGUUAUUCAAGCAAUUGGAUAUGAUUUUGCAGUUACUUCAGUUGCUUGAGUAACUGCUAGUUGGUAUAUCUUAUUACCUGGGUGUCCCAAAGAGAAAUUAUCAUAAUAUCAUCCCUUUUAUUUCAUCCAAAGUUAAUUUUUCUAAGAGAAAAGAGACGUUGAAUCAAUUUGGCAUAAGAUGUUCAUCAGAUGUGAAUCUUUUCACAUGAUAAAACUGCUGUCAAGGACAGUUUACAUGUGAUAUUGAUAUUUUUUGUGAUAGAAAAUAAGAUAUAAUACAGUAGCACAGGCAAUUUCACAUGAACAUCACACAUUCACAAUAGGGGCUUCCUCAUAUCCAUGUACAAUCUAUUAUCAUCUCAUAUUCUUAUACAGUUCUUAUCUACCUACAAAGAGAAAGAAGAGGUAGACAUUAAAAAGAGAAAGUAAGCAAAGAAAAUUCUCCUUUGUUGGAAUAGUGUAGAGAGAACAAUGGUUUUCAUUGUAAAGUUCCACUAGUCCUCUCUCCUAUUGUUAAUCAGGCUUGUAUAUGUACAUGUUAAGUUAAAACACUACCACUUCCACAUAAUUACUAGUACUUUGUAACGAAAAUGGAAGAAACAUCUAUACUGUGAACAAAU